AUGUAUCUCAAACGGCUGAAGAACUCCUUAUUGAAUUGCAUGCCCCACCACGAAAAUACUGAAGACAACCAGCAUGAAAAUGGAAUGACAUAUGACAACAGCUUGGAAUUAUCGCCCAUGUUAUCAACACCAACCACACCCUCCUCUUCAUCGACAACAACAACACAACCAAACAAAUUCACAUCGGGCACAUACAUCGCUUCACCAUCGGCUUCCAGCAGUACACAAGACAAUCUAAGCUUUGAAGACCAUGUGGCCCUUUGUGAAUCGUCACGAGAGGAUCAUGAUUCUUCGAAUGACAUUACUCUCAAACACAUUCACAUUCAAUGCUACAAGGAUAGGGAAAGCCAAUCUUUCUUUCAUUCCAAUCUCACAUAUCCUAAAACAAUUAAGAUUGAGUGGGUAUUUGACGAUUGUAUUCGUCAACGUUUGAUUCACAAAAUGUUAAAACGGUAUAUUGAUUCACAGGAAAUCAUAGCUUUUUCAGACGUUAGGAUUGUGGCUCGAUACGACAAUUCUGAAUUGGAUUAUGAUCAAUCGAAGGAAAAAAGGGUAUUCACAAUUUCUCAAGAUGCAUGCUCCCUGAUACCUUGCAUUCAAAGGAGAAUAGAACCUUGUAAACCACAGACCAUUGAAUUGCAAAUACCUUUUUGUUUUCACUUUGCGAUUGACUAUCCUGAAGAUUCUCCAUCGAGUCCUGUUGUUUCAACAGGGUCUUCGAGUUCAUACCCAAAAGUGACUCUCGAAGGGUGUGUUGUGUUUUCUUCAGAGGUGUUUCAGCAUUUGAUCAAGUGGUGUGAACAUUACAGCAAGCAUCGAGAAUUUAUACAAAGCGAUUUGGAGGGAAAGGGUAUGGUGUAUUGUAGCAGCAGCGAAUCCUACUUCCGAUCGGUCAUUGGAGAAUGGAAUUGGAACUUUUUAAAUUCAUUGAGCAAGAAUUUGCUGCUUCAAUGUUUAAUAAUGUCCCAUAUCUUGUCCAUUCAUCCCUUGUUGGUGAUGUUCAAAACUAAGAUCAUGUUUGAUGUGAAGCAAAAGUGUCGAGAGAAAAAUGUCACCAUGUUAAGCACUCAACAACAACAACAACCAAUGGGCGGACACCAUACACAAGCUCAAUCGUCUUAUUGGACCAUACCAACCAACACCAAAAUUCAAUUUUUGAACUAUUUUGUACAGGAUUCCCGAAAGGUGAAUGAAAUUUUUCAACCACAUCAUGUAAAUUACCAAAAGCCGUCCCCAACGACAAGAAGAAGAAUCAUUAACCACGUUCGUUCCAAUAGCUAUGACAAAAUCAGAGGUCUCACUGCUGGUAAUAGCAAGUGCAACACGGGAUUAAGGAAUGACUUUUCGUCUGCUUCCACUUCCACCUCCAAUGUUUCAAGUUUCCUGAAUUCAAGCAAUAAUAAGGACGAACAUAUAAUUGCAACGCUAGGAAAUUCAAAAGAUGGGUUCAUUCACUUUCUCAGGAUUAAAUAG